AUGUCUGCACUACCGCCUCUUGUUACUCUUGAAGAACAUUUUGUCUCGGCCAAAUUGCUUCCUGAGCUGUCCAGCAUUUACUCAGAGCAGCUGAAACACCUGCCAGAAGUCGCAGCUCGUCUCACAGAUGUUGGAAGCCUCAGACUGCAGGACAUGGAUAAGAAUCACGUCUCACUCCAGAUCGUUUCACAUGCUCCUGGCUUAGGUUCCAAGCCUUCACGUAUGAGUCGUCUAGCAAAUGAUGAGCUGGCCCAAGCACUAAAGGUCCAGCCAGAUUCUCUGGCCGGGUUCGCUGUUUUGCCAAUGAGCGAGCCUGACGCGGCAGCAGCCGAGCUGCGGCGCUGUGUCCGGGAGUUCGGGUUUGUCGGGGCGCUUGUGGACGCCCAUGUUGACGGUUUGCACUACGAUGACGGCCGCUUCUGGCCUGUUUUCAGGGCAGCCGCUGAGCUUGACGUACCCAUCUACCUGCAUCCGACGUACCCAUCCGAGGCUCAUCACUCCAUCUACGAGGGCGAAUACAGUGCCGGUGCAGCCCGGAGUCUCGGAUCGAGCGGGUUCGGCUGGCAUCAGGACACGGGGCUGAGCGUUCUCAAGCUCUUUGCCGCCGGCUUGUUCGACGAGUUACCGACGCUCAAGAUAGUCGUCGGUCAUUUCGGCCAAAUGCUUCCUUUCAUACUGGAGCGGGUCGAGAAGCUCUCAGUCCGAUGGGGAAAAAGACAAAGACCUUGGCGCCAGGUGUGGGAUGAGAAUAUUUGGAUUACUACAAGCGGGGUGUGGAGCCUUGCCCCGAUGGGGUGUAUAUUGAAGAACACGCGAGUAGAUCGCAUCAUGUACAGUGUGGAUUAUCCGUUUGAGAGCAACGAGAAUGGCUUAAGGUGGAUUCGGGAGCUGCAGGAGAGUGGACUGGUUACACCGGACGAACUCAGCAUGAUCGCGUACCGUAACGCAGAGCAGUUGCUACGGGUUAAAGCCGGCGGACGCCUGGGCCGCAAGACACUUAAUUCACUCGUGGAAGACGUCAACUUCAAUGUGACGGUCCUGGCAAGCGACAGAGGCUCCACCGAAUAUCCCCCUGGGAUUCGGGUUGUGCAGGUGGAUUACGACUCUCUCGACUCGCUACGAGAAGCGCUUCGUGGAAUUGAUGCUGUUGUUUCGACUCUUGGAAAGAUAUCUGGUCUAGAGUGUCAGUUCAAACUCAUUGAUGCCGCAGUCGCCGCAGGAGUGAGGCGUUUCAUACCGUCCGAGUUCGGAGCUGAUCUACAGCAUCCCUUGAUUCGAGAGUUCCCCACAUACCGUACCAAAGUCCGAGUGGAGGAAUACCUCGAGAGUUUGGUUGGAGAGACUGACCUCAGUUACACUUACAUUAACAACAGUCUACUAUUUGAAGAGGGUUUACGGCUGAACGUAUUCGGAGACUUCAGUGCUCGAACUGUUCACAUAUACGAUGGCGGACAUGGUCAGUUUUCUGCCACAAGAAUAGUGACUGUUGCUCGUGCAGUAGUUGCCAUUCUGCGGAACCCAGAAGAAACCAAGAACAGGGCAAUUCGAAUAAGGGAUAUCUCGACUUCGCCACGCGAGCUCUUGCGGAAUCUUCAAGGGCUCGACCAAGAACAUGAAUGGAUACCCGUCAAGAUCGAUACCGAAGCUCAAGUCAAAGAGGCCCAAGAUGAACUGGUAUCAGGCAAGUUUAGCCUGAAAGCUUUUGCCGCAUUUGCCACGCGAGCAACCUUUGCACCUGGUGUCGUGAGCAUUUAUGUUGAUAAUGCGCUGCUGGGCCUGCAGGAGAUGACGGAAGAGGACCUGGAGGCGUUGUUGAGAGCAAAGCUGACAUCAAGUCCCCAAUUAUAUUCCGAGAAUGGCCCUAGUUUACAAUGA